AUGGCCGCCCUGGUGGAUGGAUCGAAGAGUGGCGAGGGUAUCUUUUGCGGGGCUACGAUCAUAACGAACUAUCACGCCAUAACGGCUGCCCACUGCUACAUGGGAAGAUCGAUCGCCAACUUGGCGCUACUUGUCGGAGAGCACGAUAUUACGGUCGGUUCGGAUUCACCGUACACCGCACUGUUGCUGCUCGCCUCCAUCAAGAUCCACGAGGGAUACAGUAGCUCUACCGCUUCGAGCAGCAACGACAUCGCGAUCGUGCGUACACGUACCGAGAUCGUGUUCAACCCGGGCGUGGGUCCUGCCUGUUUACCGAUCAAAUUCACCGGGGCAUCCUUCGUUGGCAUUCAGCUGGAGGCGGUCGGGUGGGGCACGCUCGAUUACGGUGCACCGAAAUCGAACGUUCCGAUGAAGGUCUCGCUUGCCGUGGUACAACCGACCCAGUGUUCUUCGCUCUACGCCAACUAUUCGUCCACCCAGCAACUGUGCACACUUACCCCGAACAAAGACACCUGCCAGAGUGACUCGGGCGGUCCGCUGUUCUACACCGAUGGGUACAACAUGCGAGCCUAUCUGAUCGGUACGAUCGGGUACGGGAUCGCGUGUGCUACCGAUCGGCCCAGUGUCAGCACGAACGUUCUGUACUAUAUGCAGUGGAUAAUGAACAACACACCCGAAUGGAACUACUGUUAUCAAUAA